UGACUCAUGGUUGUAUCUUGGCCAUGAUACGUCUUUAUGAUGCAAAUGGUGAAGAGUCUUGCCCUCCGGAUAAUAUGGAAAUUAAUGGGUAUUUAAGAGCGCAUGAUAAUGAUUCCCUGAUGUUUCCACUGGUUGACUUCCACCAGCUCUUCCAGUUGCAACAUUACAUGCGUGAAGCAAUGUAUCGGGAACGAGCACUCAAACAAAAGCUUGCAAUGUUGGAGAAUAUUCUUUCCUCUACUGAACAGGCAGCUGAAUCAAGUUGUCAGGCAUUGAUAAGCGAGGAUCAGUUACUAUCGCGAAUCGAAAUGUUAGAAGGACAACUUGCACUGUAUUCGAAAAAUUUUCUUAGCGAAAAGGUGAAAGAGCAGAUGAGAAACUUACUUGUGGAUAAAAAUAAAUUUGAGUCACUUGCAAAGGAGUUUUUACGUAGAGCUCAAGAAGAACGAUGUGAAGCUUUGCAACGACUUGCUGAUGUUGAAAGAAGCCUACUUAAUGCUGAGGAAGAGUCAUCGGUUCUCAGACAGCGAGUUGCUGAUUUAGAAAAUGAACUUUCUGUAGCGGUGGAUGCAAAUACCUUACUUCGAGAUCAUGUCACACAGUUAAAAAAACAAUUAAGAACAAUGGAAAACAAGUACGGGGACUUAGAGGAUAAGAAUUUUCCGGUAAAUUUAUUAUGUGAAAAAACGCGGAUAAAAGACAAAGCGGAAGUGAAAAUAUCCGACUCGCAAUUCCUGAAUGCUUCACAAGGAGAGAAUGGUUACGCAAAAUCAUACUUGUGUGAUGAGAAAAAUAAAGCAAUGCUGGAAGUGAGAUUAACGCCCUAUCGAUCCAACUGCGACUUUGCUGUAGGUUUUACUGUUAUGCUCAUUACCGCUUUUUUCGGUGAUGUUUAUUGUUUACAGUCUCGGAACGAUGGUUACAUCCUCCAUAUUGAGCAAGAUCAAAAGAGAAUAGGAAGUACUACCAUAUUUUGCUUCACUUUGUAA